AUGGCUGUAACCAAGGAAGGUGGCUCGAAGGCGGCGACAACAGAGGCUCACAAGCCAAAGCCUGCGGACCCAAGUCCUGCGGAUGGGGAGGAGGAUGAAGAAAACCCUUCCACCAAGGAAAGCCCGCAGUUCAAGAAGCUGGCUUCCGGGGAUUUUGAUUUCGAAAUCCAGUGCCAGUACGGGACACUGAACUCUCUCAAAGAGGCUGUAAUCCAUGAUCUCAGCGACUGGCACGAGAGAUCUUUCCAAUACCCGCCAGCCUCAGUCCAUAGUAUCGCGACAAGAAGGCAGCAAUUUGCCUGCAGCCGAUACUACGACGAACAAGGCAAUGAAUUUCAAAAGUCCGUUUUUCAUAUCACGGCUAGGAGCCAGAUUCCAGGAGAUCAGUGGCCUGUACGGAAGUAUGCCCUCCUAGUCCUUCACGAAGAAGGGAAAACUGGGGAACCAAUAAUUUUCACAAAGGGUGUCCCACUCGCACUGGCAGAAGGCUCGGGGAGACUUUCUUUGGGAUAUGUGUGGGAUGCCCAGGAAGAACAAUUUGAUGCUGACCCUUUCGCGAUACGGGUCUAUAUCCCUGAAAAAAUGGCCGAUGCGGCUAAGGGGGAUAAUUUCGAUCCUUCUUUCUUUGAUAUUUCGGAAACUCAGCAGAGGUCAAAUUAUCAGGAGCUGGAGAGCAGAGCGAGAGGCCGUCUGAGGGUCAGAGAAGCAUCACAAUUGUCCUCCAAAGUGAAAUCGGAAUUUCCCCAGGUUGAGAUGCGUCGGCCUGCGAAAAGGCUGAAGACGGAGGAGGAAACCUUCAUUUGGAACGACGCAUCCACCGGACGGCCUGGGGAGAUGCCGCAAUUUCUUGGUUCGGCUCGAGUGAGGUUGCUCUCUGAGGAGAGCGAUCACGCUCGCGUCUUUUCAUUAGACGGCUGCGAUAUCAAAUCGCUUUUUGGCAAGGCGAGGGAGUUUUUCGGGGUCAAGGACCCUGAGAAAGAAAUCUCUCUCGUCUGCAGGGCCCCUGGACUUGGGUCGCGCAGAUACAUAGGUGAAGACUGCGCCGAUGAGUUCAGCCUGCUAUGUCACGACGUACGGAAGCUCUCCAUUGCGGAGAGAGGAUCAAUCGAGAUAACCAUUAAGCCUGCGGCGCCAGAGCGCAUCCAAAAAAGCGGUUGA